GAAAAGGGAUAUAUAUACACAUUGUAUGUCGCUCUGUAUCUUUUUUGUUUGUUUGUUUCACUUUAUUGAACAUGCAUCACAUAAACAGCAGGUUGGCAGAAUUGAAUAAAUGAAAAAUAAACAGAACAGUAUCUUCUGCUCAAAUUGAUUUUCCACAUUUUAUGGUUUUAUGUGUCGCCCCCUGCUGGUCACUAUCGGCAGCAGCAGGUAAAGGCGUGGCCAGUGAUAUUUGAGUCAGUUACCUGAGAGCAACAAGAUUAAAGGACGCUGCUGGCGGCGUCCGCUUUAAUCUACACAAAAGAAAACAAGAUGGUGGAACUAACAAGAAAGCCGAGUCGUGUCGUCUCCCUCCAGGCUGGACCUGGUGACGUGGACACUGGUACCCUGUCUGACGUCAACCUCAGGAUCAAUGACAGGGCUGCUCGGGUCUUUGGUCGUCAGUUGGCUGUAAUUGGAGACCAGCUGGACCAGGAGUGGGCCAGCAGACAGCUGAACUGGUUACCGACUCCCCUGCACAUGCUGAGACCUGCUCAGGCACUGACCAGGACCAUCUACCGGGACAUCCACAGUCAGUUAUGGGGCUUCCAGGGCUUGUGUGCUGCAGUGAAGGCCUGGAUAGCGAGCACUGCGCCUGGGCAGGGGAUCCUCAGAUCUGAGGCCUGGGUUUCCACUUUUAAACCCGCAACCUGCACUGGCUGGACCAGAGGAGCACUGGUGACUGUGGCACUGGUGGCUGCAGUGGCCAUUUUCGGUGCUUUAUGGGUGGAAGGGAGAGCCUAAGUGGCCACAAGCAGGUCUUUCGGCCAUUAUAUAUUUGACCAGAAAAAUGUUUGCAAACAAGUGACAGUUAUUGCUAAGUGAUUUGCUUCUGCUGUUUACUUCAACUUCUCUUUUUAUACUAAUUUAAUGAGCGGUAUUUAAUUUGACACAAAGACUGCAAACACCUUUUUAGGGCAACACGACCAGAAGCAGGAGAAAAAAAUAUACUUGUGGGGAACUGGGAAUGGUUUAUAUCAGCUUUACAGUCUUGCUUAAGGAGUUGGUCAGUGUUUUGUAGCAUUAACAUGAUGGUUCACGGUUGUAUUAAUGUCAAAGUGCUUGUUUCCAAUGACUGGACUGUUGCUGGUCUGCAGUCUUUUAUAUCCAGAUUAGUUUCUUACUGGUUUAAGAGGCCAUAAUUUUUUACAAAUGAAAUGUAGCCUUGCUUAAUAUACAAUUAAGGGAGCUGGACUUUCUGUUUCGGAUUUAAAAAUGCUUUUUUUCAUGUGAUGCAAAUAAACUUCAUAAUG